GCACCACACGGGCUCUUGGGCUUCCUUUUUCCUUCCUAUCAGCCAGAUUUAUCGCCAUAGCAGCACAAAUGGGCUCAACCAAAACGGAAACUUCCAAGCCCCAGGGCGAAACCCUUGCUCUAAACAACUACUCCGGCGACCAUGCCCCAACAACAGGGUUUCUAUCCUAUCUCCCCUUAUCGUGGAUCCCCUACAUCCAACUCGCCCGCCUCUCCCCGCCGGCCGGCCUGUUCCUCAUCUACUUCCCUCAUGUAUUCGGGUUUAUGCACGCAGCACUACACCUAUCAACUCCAGUCCCAGACAUCCUCCGCGCAGGCGCCGUCCUCUUCGGUGGUUCCUUCUUCGUCUCCAACGCAAUCCACAUCUGGAAUGAUCUCAUCGACGCGCCACUCGACGCCCUCGUAACAAGGACGAAAAACCGCCCCAUCCCUCGGGGUGCGGUGUCUCCCACCGCCGCAUUGAUCUACACCGCUACCCAGGCCAUCGGCGCAGCCCUAUUCCUCCCCCUAUUUCCACACUCCCAUGCCUGGCUCUACGCCCUCCCCAGCAUCCUCGGCUGGACCUACUACCCCUACGCAAAGCGUCACACAAACUACCCACAAGUCGUGCUUGGCCUGUGUCUAGCUUGGGGAGUUGUAAUGGGCGAGCUCUCCCUGGGCGUCGAGGCUAUCUCUUUCCCGACAGGCUUCAGCGUCGAAACUCUCCUCACCGGCGAACUCCAUCUCAACCCCGCAAUCCUCAGCCUCGUCGCCGCAAAUACACUCUGGACGGUAAUCUACGACACCGUCUACGCGCACCAGGACGUCGAAGACGACCUAAAGGCCGGAAUCAAGAGCAUCGCUGUGCUCUGGAGACAGCAGACCAAGGUCCUCCUUUGGGGGUCGUGGGUUGCGUUGGGGGUUUUGCUGAGUUAUUGUGGGUAUGUGAGUAACCUUGGGUUUCUGUACUAUGGCAUUGCCGUGUUGGGCGCGACGGGGAGCUUGGGAAGAAUGAUUGCGCAGGUGGAUUUGGCGGAUGAGCAGAGUUGUUGGUGGUGGUUUGGGAAUGGGUUUUGGCUUGCGGGCGGUGCGAUUACGGCGGGGUUUGCGGUGGAGUAUGUACUGCAGAGCAGUGCUUAGGUCUUACUGGAAAGGCAUUGUAGGAUGUUGUGCUUAGCCUUACAGAAUGUGAUGGUUUUUGAUUAUCUGUUUUUGG